AUGUCACUUCCGACACCAAUAUAUAAAUUAAAUGCUGCUCAACAACAGUCUGUCUACGAACCCGCUGAGGACACUUUUCUUCUUCUAGACGCUAUUGAGAAGGAUAUUCAGAAACUGCGGGUGCUAUCGCCGAAAAUUGUUUUGGAGAUCGGCUGCGGUUCCGGCGUAGUAUCAACAUUUGUUAAUCAGGCACUGGGUGGGAAUGUGACAUCAUUAGCAACUGAUUACAAUCCACAUGCUCUUCACUGCACUGUGGAGACGGGAAAAUUGAAUGGUGUGAAGAUUGAGGUGGUGAGGACUGAUCUUGACAAUGGAUUAAAUCAUCUGGAGAAUAAAGUCGAUAUUCUUCUGUUCAACCCUCCCUAUGUACCUACUGAUGCCGAUCCUAAGAAUGACCUGGAACGAUGUUGGGCUGGUGGACCAAAUGGACGUGGAGCGGUAGAUCGCCUACUACCUCGAGUUUCCAAGCUUUUGUCCGGGAAAGGUGUAUUCUACUUGGUCGCACUGCACUCGAACAACAUCCCUGAAUUGCUGACGGCUUGUCCUGAUCUCGUAGGAAGCGUAGCGAUGGAGCGUCGAUGCGGCAUAGAGCAUCUAUACAUUCUUAAAUAUACUCGGAAACAGAUUAGUUGA